AUGUGUACUCUAGAGAAGCGCGGCGAUUUCUUCAUCCUGACACUCACUGGUGAAAACGACGACCACCGUACCAACUCUCAUCGCCGCCGUCCUAUCUGCUCUCCGCGAAGCAAAAUCGCAGGCCACCAGAGGCUCUGUCCUCAUCACCACCUCCCAGGGCAAAUUCUUCUCCAACGGAUUCGAUCUCGGUUGGGCGAGAUCCGCCGCAGCCCCAUCCGAGGCCUUCUUGCGGCUCCACCAAAUGGUGGAAUCGUUCCGACCGAUUGUCGCCGAGCUGAUCUCCCUUCCGAUGCCCACCGUCGCCGCCGCCGGAUUCACCCUGGCGCUGAGCCACGAUUACGUGUUUGUGAGGGGCGACAGAGGGGUUUUGUACAUGAGCGAGGUCGAUUUGGGGCUUCCUUUCCCUGA